UUUUUGGUUCUCAUUCGUUUCCUAUCAGCGGAGGAGGCGAUGGUGACGGAUUCGAAGUCUUACGACCAUCGUCGGUCUCCGACUUCUUCCGCUUCUAGUCUUCUCCUCUUCUCCCCAUCUCCUCGGGCCUCCUCCUCAGAUCUGUUUCAGCCAUUUCUCGGCGAUUUGGAACUCCAUUUCUCGGCGGAGCCGGGAAACGAGAAUAGUGUUUUACAAUGAUUGAAUCGGUGCUUGCGGCAGAGGGAGGGAGGGAAGGAGAAAGUUGAGGUUGUUUGAGUAAAUGGCAAGGAGGAUAUGGAAGCGGUUUCAGGCGAAGGAGGCGUCCGUCGAGCUGCCAAACCAGCUGAUACAGGACAAGCCCCUUCUGCCAUUUCUGAUUCUGCUAUUUCUCUUCGCCUGGGCCGUGGAGAGGUGGUUGGUGCCCUUCUCCAACUGGGUGCCGCUUGCCGCCGCCGUCUGGGUUACUAUCCAGUAUGGUGAGUUCCAACGCAGGCAGCUUGAGGAAGACAUGAAUAAAAGAUGGAAGCAGCUAGUCUUAAAUACAUCACCUACCACACCAUUAGAACCUUGUGAGUGGCUGAACAAGCUUUUGGUAGAAGUUUGGCCUAACUAUAUGGAACCAAGACUUUCAAAAAGGUUUUUCUUAAUGGUAGAGAGGAUGCUAAAGGACCGGAAACUAAAGUUGAUUGAAAAAAUAGAACUUCAGCAGUUCUCACUAGGUUCUUGUCCACCUAAUUUUGGACGAAAUGGCAUGCAAUGGAUUACUUCAGGUGAUCAGCAAGUUAUGCGAUUGGGAUUUGAUUGGGAUUCUGUUGGCACGAGCAUAUUAUUGCAUGCUAAGUUGGCACUUGGAACAGCCCGCAUUAUCAUCAAUAGCAUUCAUAUCAAAGGAGAUUUACUCUUAAGACCAAUUCUUGAUGGUCAAGCUGUCCUCUAUUCGUUUGAAUCAACUCCUGACAUUAGAGUAAGUGUUGCAUUUGGAAGUGGUGGCUGUCAGACACUUCCUGAGACAGAGCUACCUGGUGUUCGCAGUUGGUUGGUAAAGCUUUUCACAGAAUCAAUAACUAAAUUGUUAGUUGAGCCUCGCUGCCAUUGCUAUUCUUUGCCAAUUGUGGAUCUACAUAAGAAAGCUGUUGGAGGUGUACUCUCUGUUUCUGUAGUUUCAGCCAGUAAUUUAGACAAGAUUAACUUAACAGUCAACAAUUCAGAAACUUGCCAAAGCUCUAGUGGGAGCAUUCAAUUGCCAGGAAAUCUUGGGAACAAGGCUUUGCAGACAUUCAUCAAAGUGGAAAUUGGUAAUUUAACAAGAAGAACAAUUGUUUGUGAUGGUUUAAAUCCCAGAUGGGAUACUACCUUCAAUAUGAUGCUACAUGGAGAAACUGGAAUUUUGAAAUUUUACCUUUAUGAAUCAAAUGGAAGCAGCAUGAAUUCGAACUACUGGACCAGCUGUGAGAUAAAGAUGAAGUAUGUUGCAGAUGAUUCUACAAUGUUCUGGGCAAUAGGACAGGGAUCUGGAAUGGUGGCAAAACAAGCUGAAAAUUGUGGGACCGAAGUAGAAAUGACUAUUCCAUUUGAAGGACCAUUUAGCCAAGCGGAGUUAACAGUCAGGCUUGUUCUUAGAGAAUGGCAAUUUUCAGAUGGUUCUACUAUCUUGAGUAAAUCUGUCCCUCAUUACCUUCAGACAAGAACAGAAAGGAAGCUUAAAGUUACUGUACUUGAAGGAAGGAAUCUGGCCACUAAAGAAAAAUCUGGAAAAUGUGAUCCCUAUGUUAAGCUUCAAUAUGGAAAGGCUUCUUACCGAACAAAAACCAUUCCUAACAAUGCAAGUCCAGUGUGGAACCAUGAGUUUAAUUUUGAUGAAAUAGGAAGUAGCAGUGAGUAUCUCGAGAUCAGAUGUUACAACACAAAUAUCUUUGGAGAUGAGAAUAUAGGAAGUGCAAGAGUGAACAUGGAAGGAAUUUCUGAAGGUUCCAGCAGGGAUGACUGGAUCCCUCUAGAGAGAGUUAAUUCUGGUGAAGUGAAACUCCUAAUAGAAGUAGUGAAGAAUGAUGAUGAUGAAAUUUCAAAGAAUCCAGGAAUGAAACAGGGAUCUGGCUGGAUUGAACUAGUACUUAUUGAAGCUAAGGAUCUAGUUGCUGCUGAUGUAAGGGGAACAAGUGAUCCUUUUGUAAGGGUUCAUUAUGGGACUUCCAAGAAACGAACUAAGGUCAUUUAUAAAACAUUAAAUCCGGAGUGGAAUCAAACAUUAGAGUUUCCUGACACCAGCAGUCCCUUAACCCUGCAUGUUAAGGACCAUAACACUGUGCUGCCGACAUCUAGUAUAGGGUACUGUACAGUUGAAUAUGAAGGCUUGCUCCCAAAUCAAACAGCUGACAAAUGGAUUCCUCUUCAAGGAGUAAAGAAUGGGGAGAUCCAUGUGAAAAUAACAAGAAAAAGACCUGAGGUACAGAAGAAAUCCAGCUUGGAUACUCCUAUUUCUUCAUUUGACAAAGCACACAAUAUAUCUACACAGAUGAGAGACAUGUUGAAGCAAUUACAAUGCCUAAUUGACAAGGGUGACCUAGAGGCGUUAUCGCAGGCUUUGAGUGAGGUAAAAAAUGCAGAAGAUGACCAGGAGAAAUACAUGAUUCAGCUCGAAAGUGAGAAGGCUCUGAUGAUCAGCAAAAUCGACGAACUUGGUCAUGAGGUCACAAGAGCAUUCUCUGACCCCGCAAACUACAACACAUGAUUUUAGUCCCACUUAGAGUCCAAGAACAAAUAAAUGGUGUUUUACUUGACUAUUAUAGGUGUAAACUGGCAUAAUAAAAAUCAAAAGGUGCACUCACAUAAUUUAGCAAGGAUCACGCUGCUGCAAAACUAUAGUGGCUGUGAUGGCAGGACAACACGAUCACAAAUUAAUAUAGGAAUGGGUUUGAUUCCAUGGCUGAUUGUGGAAGUCUGAAUCUGAGUGGGCUGGAUCUUGAAGGAACGUUUGUGUAUAUUUGAUAGCUGUUGGUUGAGCUUCUUGGAUGUUGAGGUAUGUCAUGCAUAACCAUCAGAUCGAAUAAAUUUAAGGUUUGAUUAAAUAUCAUUUCUAUUUUCAACCAA